AUGGCAUUCGUCCCCAAUUUGGACACACUGGAGAGCGGCAGCCUGCAUGAGGAAACAUUUUAUGGCCCUGACUGCCUCUGCCUGCAGAAGAAACCCCGCCUGGACUCAGAGGUGACAUCGCCCAGGGUGGGCAUCCAGGUGAUGGUGACCAAGCAACAUCCCACCAGGACCUUUCGCCGGGCCGCCAUCCUUGUGGUGGCCAUGACUAAGCUCCUGAAGCGGUCAGCGCACAAGGACUUUUCUGACAGUGACCUUGGGGGCUUCCUGGAUGAUAUUCUCGACCCCGUCUCCUUUCAGCGGAUCGAGGGUAGCUACGCCGCGGCGCCUGUCUACCGCUACACCCGCUCCCAGUCCUUCGACAUCCUUGACAUUGACCACAAGUGCUUUGUGCUGGAGUCGCCCACCCAGCUUGUGGCCCUGCACCUGCAAGGACCCUCUGCUGGGCGGAAAGUGAAGCUCAACAUCGCUCUGUACCGUCCCCGGUCAUCGCAGAACGGCUUGGGGACCGGGCGGGUGCCAGUGGCAUUGGGCAUCAAGGGCUACCAACUCUACAUGUCAUGCGUGAUGAGUGGUGCUGAGCCCGUUCUGCAGCUGGAGGAAGCUGACAUCAGGAGGGACAUUGAGAGUGUGGAGCUGAUCCGCUUCAUCUUCUACCGCCUGGACAGCCCAGCCGAGGGCACCACCCGCUUUGAGUCAGCCGCCUUCCCGGGCUGGUUCAUCUGCACCUCUCUGCAGCCCCGUCAGCCCGUCGGUGUCACCAACCAGCCUGACCAGGUCAACAUUGCCACCUACGAGCUGACUGGGCACUGA